AUGAACUUUUCAAGCAAUGCUGACCUCGACAUGGGCGAUAUGAAUUGGAAUCAAGUUCUGACCCUCUACCCGAGCGUCGAAGCUUCCAACGGUGAAAUCGCAGAUCUUAUCUACGGUUCCAACGAGGCUUUUGAGCGAGCAUGGACUCUACACGCUUUAGUCAGUCCUGGAUAUCUAACAUCUGAUCUCGAACCGCAUUUUCGUCGAAUUGGAGCAUCUCGCUGUUUUGCGUUGUCGUUCGAUCUCCAGCCUCAGUCUCGCGCACUUGCGGCGGCUUCUGAUUUCGACCCGCGCAGAAGCCAUGCAGAAGAUCUUGAGGACGAAGAACUCGAAGUUAUCUAUGAAGCCGAUCGUUUGACUGAGAUAAAGGAACUGAAAAUGGAAGGACUUCGUGACGUGUUGCCAGUGCAUCAUGCAAGUCUCACUCUGACGGACGAAGAACUCAGAGCCUUUUUCGUCAUUCAUGCUGAUGAUACGAUGGGCUGGGAUUGA